AUGGAGAUUAAUAAUAUGAGGGUGAAGAAGCAUUUUGUGCCAUUUCUUGUAUUUGUUUGCUUGGCAACAACCUGUAACAAUAUUGUAGAAUGCCAAAACCACCCAUUUGGGAAGAAGCAUUUUGUGCUCGCUCACUGAGCUGGUCACGCAGCAUGGUGUUGGUACAAGGUGACAACUCUAUUGAAAUCUGCCGGUCACAAUGUUACAGCUCUAGACAUGGCAGCAUCCGGAAUAAACCCGAUGCAGGUGCAAGAAGUCCAUUCGUUCUCUGAUUAUGCUGAGCCGUUGAUCAAAUUCAUGGCUUCUCUACCACCACUACAUAGGGUUAUCCUAGUUGGCCACAGCAUGGGUGGUGCCAUCAUAUCUAUUGCCAUGGAGAUGUUCCCUCAGAGGAUUUCAGCUGCUGUAUUCGCCACCGCUGCCAUGCCUGGGCCUGCUCUACAUUACUCCACUAUAAACGAAUUCAAUAAGACGAAGCAGGGACAAAAUCGUCUUUUCUUCCUCUUAAAUGAUGGGCCAAACAACCCUCCGACCUCUUUACUAUUUGGGUCUAACUUCAUGUCCUCAUCGCUGUAUCAGCUCUCACCACCAGAGGUAUGA